AAACCCUAGCCUGUUUCAGCUCUCUUUUAAAUAACAAACCCUAAUUUUUCACUUCUUCUUCUCGCCUACCAACUACCCUGCGCCAAUUUUCUAGCGGUUUCUCUGCUGUUUUCUCAGGAUGGAAUCACAGAUUAAGCAUGCUGUUGUGAUUAAAGUUAUGGGCAGGACUGGAUCCAGAGGACAGGUGACUCAAGUGAGGGUCAAGUUUCUCGAUGAUCAGAAUCGGUUCAUUAUGAGGAAUGUUAAGGGACCCGUUAGAGAAGGGGACGUGCUCACUCUUCUUGAGUCUGAGAGGGAAGCUAGGAGGCUUCGUUGAUCGCUCCACUUUCGCCCUAUUGUUGGUGGUAGCACCCAAGAUUGUUUGCUGUUAUAGUAACUAGGGUAAUUGGCAAUGAUGUUAUCUCGACUUACAUUAUCAAGAUUUUGAGUUUUUGUUUAUGGGUUUGUAAUCUGACUGGUGCAAAUUUUUGAAGUAUGAUUGAAACCUAAAGCUUGUUUUGCA